AUGCCCCUCAUCACAGACUUUCCCCUCCCCACAUCCCCAAAGCACCUUGAGCUGCCCGAGGGCACCGACGCCAAGGCGUUUAUCGUGUUUGUGACCUCCGAUGACCCUGUAACCGGUCAAUCCUGGUGCCCGGAUGUCCGUGCCGCCUGGCCAGUUCUUGAAGCCACGUUCUCCGGCCCGAACACACCGGCCCUGAGAGUGGUUGAGGUUGGACAGAAGCCAGAAUGGAAGGAUCUACAGAAUAUCUACCGGACUAACUGGAAGAUCCCUUGUAUCCCAGCCUUAGUGCGAUACGAACGUGUCAAUGGCGAGACUAUCGAGACUGGCAAGCUGGUCGAAGGAGAGAUUCUGGACAAGGAGAAGCUGGGCAAGCUUAUCGGAGCGACGCUUUAA